AUGGGCACCUCGAUAAUUAACAUCCAACGCGACAUUAUACUCAACACAAUCCGCAAUGCUGGCGGCCGCGAUUGGAAAGUCCUGGUAGUGGACGAGACUAGCAAGAGAUUGGUUGAAGGUGCCGCAAAGGAAGAGGAGAUUCUCAAUCUCAAUGUCUCCAACAUCGAGCAGAUCGAGCACCGGCGGCCGUCCAAUGCCGACAUGGACGCGCUAUAUAUCCUGUCACCGGAGUCCUACAUUGUGGAUUGCCUAAUGGCAGAUUUUGAGGUGGGACGAUACAGGAAGGCGUUCUUGGUGUGGACAUCGUUCCUCGAUCCGCAGCAAAGGGCUCGACUUGACCGAUCACAGAUGGCGCGCGAACGUAUCGCAGAAUUCCAUGUCAUGAACAUCAACUUCUACCCCCGAGAAUCGCAUCUCAUCACGUUCAAAGAUCCUUGGAGCUUUCCGGUCCUGUUUCACCCUGGCUGCAACAACUUGAUCCGACAGCAUCUAGAGGACUUGGCCCAGAAGAUUGUUUCGCUUUGCGCUUCGCUGGGUGAAUACCCUAUCAUUCGUUACUAUCGACCACGGUCUCCUACUCAUGAAGCUGGUGUUAUGUGUUCCCAUCUGGCUCGUUUCAUUCAAACUGAAAUGGACCAAUUCGCGCAAUUCCAGCGUGAUUUCCCGCCUCAAACAAACCGUCCUCGGGGAGUACUCAUUGUGGUAGACCGCUCUAUGGACCUUUUCGCACCUCUCCUACAUGAGUUCACAUAUCAGGCCAUGGUCCAUGAUCUCCUGCCAAUCAAGGAUGGUGAUAAGGUGACAUACAAGACCGUGUUCAACGAAGGCGCAAAGAACGAGGAAGUAAAGGAGAUGGAGAUUGGCGAGGAAGAUCGUGUCUGGGUUGAUUACCGCCACAUGCAUAUGAAGGAUGUGCUUGGGAAACUGGGAGAGGAUUUUGCCAAAUUCCGAGCAGCAAACCCUCAGUUCGCCGAGGAUAACGAGAAGCACAAUGUCAACACCAUUAAGGAGAUGCUGGCGGGACUCACAGAGUUCCGAGAAGGAAAAAAUGCGUACACCUUGCAUCUCAACAUGGCGCAAGAGUGUAUGAAGUACUUCCAGGACCGGAAGCUUUUGGAAGUGAGCUCCAUUCAGCAGUCCUUUGCUACAGGUCUCGACGAAAACUAUAAAAAGGCAAAGAACCUGGCAGCACAACUGGUACAGCUCCUUGAUGAUGAGUCAGUGGUUCCCCCAGACCGACUCCGCCUACUUCUCCUGUACAUCAUCUACCGCGGUGGACUUCUCGGUGGUGAUAUCCGCAAACUGAUGGCACAUGCCGGACUCCCAUCACAAGACGGAAAUGUCAUUGCCAACCUCGAACUCCUUGGCGUGCGAGUAGAAAAGCCUCUUCGCGACGAGAAGCCACCAGUUCAACCUCUGUUCAACCGACGAAACCCAGUCCCCGAAUCCGAGGAGCUCAGCCUGAGUCGAUAUGAUCUGGCUCUGAGGCAGAUGCUUGAAGAGCAGAUCCGUGGCACCCUAGACCCAACCGUCUUCCCCUUCACACGACCGCAUACCGAGACAGAUGGCGCCUUGGCAGCACAGGAAAUGAUGUCCCAGCAGGCAUCGCUGCGUAGCGCAAAGCCAACUUGGGCACGCACCAAAUCCGUCGACCAACCCCGUCAGCGCAUCAUCGUCUUCAUGGCCGGCGGCGCCACCUACGGCGAGUCACGCGCCUGUCACGAAAUCUCAUCGACAUAUAACAGGGACGUGUUCCUUGCCACAACACACAUGCUAACCCCCGGUCUCUUCCUACGCCAGGUGGGUGAUCUCGGCGUCGACAGACGUCGUCUCGACCUCCCGAUGGAGCGGCCCAAACCCACCGCUCCGGCCCACCUCUUCGAGCGCGAGAAGCCCCCGGCCCCUACACCCCCACCGCAACAGAAGAAGAAGCCCGUGCCCACAGCGCAUCUGAACCCUCCCGCUCCACCAGAAGCGCUGAUGGCUGGCAUGUCCAUCAAUUCAAACGGGGGCAGUCCUGCGUCAUCUGGUAGCGGGAAGAAAGACAAAGAAAAGGAAAAGAAGGAGAAGAAAGAGAAGAAAUACCGUUUCUUCAAGUAG